AUGGCACGCGUUCUGUACGUGGCAUCUCUCUUUUUCCUUCUGACUAAGCUCAGCAUUGGCCAGAGAGAAGUAACAAUUCAAAAAGGACCACUGUACAGAACUGAAGGUUACCCAGUCAGCAUUGGCUGCAACGUAACUGGCCACCAGGGACCUUCUGAGCAGCAUUUCCGGUGGUCUGUGUACCUGCCGACAGCCCCAGCCCAGGAAAUCCAGAUCGUCAGCACCGACGAUGCAAAAUUCCCCUAUGCAGUGUAUGCGCAGUGAGUGCGGAGCCGGGAAAUCUACGUGGAGAGAGUGCAGGGCAACUCUGUCUUGUUGCACAUCACAGCGCUCCAGAUGAAGGAUGCUGGCGAGUAUGAGUGUCACACACCCAACACUGAUGGCAGAUACCACGGGAGUUACAGUGCGAAGACUCUUCUAGUCGUCCUGCCAGACACCCUCUCUGCCACCAUGAGCCCUCACACUCUCAGUAAGGAGGAAGAUGACGCCCUAGAGCUUACCUGUGAGGCAUCCAAAGCCACAGCUCAGCACACCCACCUCUCCGUCUCCUGGUACCUGACGCAGGAUGGAGGAAGCGGCCAGGCCACCAAGAUUAUCUCCCUCUCCAGAGAUUUUGUGGUGGUCCCUGGGCUAGUGUAUGCAGAGAGGUUUGCGGCCGGUGACGUGCGGCUGGACAGGCUUGGGGUCACGACCUUCAGGCUGCGUAUAGAGAGGCUGCAGCCCUCAGACCAAGGCCAGGUGUUCUGUGAGGCGGCCGAGUGGAUUCAGGAUCCAGAUGAAACCUGGAGCUGCAUCUCAAAAAAGCGGACAGAUCCAGCCGCGCUGAGGAUCCAGCCAGCGGGGAGAGAUUUCCAGGUCAGCAUCACAGCUGAGAGCACGUUUGCUGAAGGGAAGCCCUUAGAACUCACGUGCCUGGCAGAGGGCAGCGGCAGCCACCAACAGCUCCAGGGUGCUUGGUUCCUCAAUGGGACGGAAAUUGCCCAGGUGGAUGCUGACGGAGUCCUGGGCCUGAAGACAGACUACAAAGACAGAGCAAGUCAAGGACAGCUCCAGGUUUCCAAGUUAAACCCCAGGGCUUUCUCGCUCAAGAUCUUCUCUGUGGGGCCGGAGGAUGAAGGUGCCUACAGAUGCUCCGUGGCCGAGGUAGUGAGAACUCGGAGGGGCUCUUGGCAGGUGCUCCAGAGGAAGCAGUCACCAGUCAGCCCCGUGCAGCUAGUGAAGCCAGCAGCGAGAAGCGUGGAAGUGUCGGCCAAGAACAAGCAGCAGUCUGUGUGGGAAGGAGAGGCGCUCACCCUUCUCUGCAGGGUGGGGGGAGCUGCCAGUCCGUUGUCUGUGAGCUGGUGGCGUACCCGGCAGGACCAGACCCAGCCGGAGCUAGUGGCUGCUAUGGCACAGGAUGGCACUGUGCAGCUGGGAGCCUCCCCUGGGGGACCCAGUAACCAUGGCAACACAAGGCUGGAGAAAGGCGACUGGGCCACCUUCCAGCUGGAGAUCACCUCCGCCGCUGUCGUGGACAGUGGCACGUAUGAGUGCAGAGUGUCUGAGAGGACCUGGAGCCCGGCCAGCGAUCUGAGCUGGGCUCAGAGGACUGCGGUUACCGUCAAGUCCCUGCAGUCAAGUCUACAAGUGAAUCUGAUGAGCCGUCAACCCCAAGUGAAGUUAGCCAACACCUUUGACUUGGCCUGCAUCGUUAGGACUGGCUAUUCUGAGCUCAGCCUACCGCUGUCUGUGACAUGGCAGUUCCAGCCGACUAGGUCUCGUGUCUUCCAGCAGCUUAUUCGGAUCUCCCACAAUGGCACCAUUGAGUGGGGAGAUACCCUACCCCAGUUCCAAAGGAAGACGAAGAUCUCACAGUCUUCAGCUCGCUCUCAACUCCAAAUCUAUGACGCCACUGAGGAAGAGACAGGCGUGUACAGGUGUAAAGUGGAAGUUCAUGACAGAAGCGCCCUACCCACCAAUGGCUUCGUGAGGGCUUCUGCCAUCUCUCACCCGGUGAGGGUGCACAUUGUCUUACCAGAGAGCAAGCUAAAAGUGAAUUCAAGCAGCCAAGUCCAAGAGAUCACCAUCAACUCCAACACCAAUAUAGAAUGUAGCAUUUUGUCCCGGUCCACUGGAAACCUCCAGUUCGCUGUUAUUUGGUAUUUCUCUCCUAUUUCCACGAAUGCAUCCUGGCUGAGGAUCCUGGAAGUGGACCAAACCAAUGUUAUAAAAUUUGGGGAUGAAUUUCACACCCCUUGGAGGAAACAAAAAUUUCACGCUGAGAAGGUUUCCCAAGAUUUGUUUCAGCUGCACAUUCUGGGCGUGGAUGACAGCGACCAGGGCAGCUAUCACUGUGCUGUGGAAGAAUGGCUCUUGUCUACAAAUAGCACUUGGCACAAGCUUGGGAGCGAGAAGUCAGGACUAACACAAUUAAGACUCAAGCCCACAGGAAGUAAGAUCCGUGUCUCCAAGGUGGACUGGACAGCAAACGCCACUGAGCACAGAGAGGUGGCCCUGCGCUGUGGCCUGGAGAGCUCGGGUGGCCCAGCCACCCUGUACUCCGUGGUGUGGUACUGGAACAGAGAGCAUUCCGAAAGUAAAAUGCUGGUGCACCUGCACCAUGAUGGCUUGCUGGAGUAUGGGGAAGAGGGGCUCCAGAGCCGUCUGCACUGUUACCGCUCAGCCCCUGUGGACUUUGUCCUGAAGCUGCACCGGGUGGAGCUGGCAGAUGCUGGCAUGUACUGGUGCAGGGUGGCAGAGUGGCAGCUACACGAGCAGUCGAGCAAGUGGGUCAGCCAAGUGUCAGCUGAGUCACAGCGCAUGAUGCUCACCGUGCUGCCCUCAGAGCCCACGCUCCCUUCCAGGAUCUGCUCCUCCGCCCCUUUAGUCUACUUCCUGUUCAUCUGCCCCUUCGUCCUGUGCGGCCUGCUGCUCGUGGCCCUGCUCUGCGUAUACCGGAAGGCCAGGAAGGUGGCCACGCUGGGUUCCAAGGCGCAGAACGAAAAGGCCCUCUGGCUCGAUCUGGGCGGGGCUGGGGGCAGGACCGCAAACAGAAGGGAAGACCAAGAGGAAGAGGAAGAGGAAGGCCAGUGA